AUGACGUUUGAUUUCUUAUCCCUGGUUAAGAAGCAGUAUCGUACUGUUCCACUGGAAGGGGAUUUCAUCCAGCCAUCUAAAAUCGAGGGAAAGGAGCAGAUUUUGUGGGUUGGGUGCAGUGAUAGUUCGGUGGAGGAAACAGAUGUGUUGGAUGUGCCGAGGGAAGAAAUUUUCGUGCAUAGGAAUCUUGGCAAUAUCAUCAGUAAUGGGGAUCUGAGCAGUGAGAGCGCCAUUGAGUGGUGUUUGGAUUUGCUUAAGGUCAAACAUAUAAUAGUCUGUGGACAUUAUGAUUGUGCUCUGAUAGACAAGGGAGAUGGAAGUGCAUUGGGAGGUUGGCAUAAACUACAUGAGCUCAACGAGAGUCAUCUCUCGAAAUCCGAUUCGUCACUUAAUUACGAAUGUCGACAUCGAAAACUGGAGGAGGUAUAUGUUCUGGCUGAAGUAGAUUGGUUGAAGAGACAGCCGAGUGUGAGAAGGGCCAUGGAAGAGGAAGGAUUGAAGCUACACGCCUUUGUUUAUGACAAGGAGAGGAAUGUUGGCUACAGAUUGGUGGAGGAACAGUAG